UGAAAGAAAAAGAAAAGAUUUUGUGACUGAAGCUAACCCACUUUUCGAAGAAGAAAAAGGUGCACUUGAUUAAGAAGAAAAAAGGAAAAAAAUUAAAUAUAAAAAAAUAAAAAGAAAGAAAGAAUGAAUGAGAAGCUUACACGUUUUGCAUAUAAUUGAGUAUUAAAUAGAGUUGCUUUUCCCUUGUUCUCACUCCUCUCUUACCUUCAAAACUACCAGUUCAGAAACAAGAUAUACAAGUGAUGAAGUUUUCUUGAUAAGAAGAGGCUUUCAAGAAAAUAUCUCCACCAUAUAUACAUAUCUCAGAAAAUCUUGGGUGAGUACUUCAUCUCAGUUCUACUCAUCUUUCUUUCUUUGCCUCUAGCUAUCAAAUUACUUUUCUUUUCUUCUCUUACUCCAAUUUUCGUUUUAUUAGUUUAUACUGUUUAUAGAGUAUUAUAUAUGAUGCAUGAUUCAAUAGGUAUCCCUGCUUGUUUCUCAUCUAGUGAGAAGCAAAACAAUGACCCAACCACCAUAACCAGGUCAGGCCAGAGUGUAUUUAUGUCAGUAUAUAGAACAAAAUUAGCUAAUCAAUGCCGUUUGAUCACCAUAACAUGGUGCAAGAAUCUUUUGCUACAUGGGUUAUCUGUUUCUGUUCAAUCAACAAAUGGAAAUGAGCAGCAUUACCAGUGCAAAAUUGAACUAAAACCAUGGUAUUUCUGGAGGAAACAAGGCUCCAAGCAAUUUAUAGUAGAUGGAAGAAGUGUUAAUGUGGUUUGGGACCUUAAGGCAGCAAAAUUCAAUGGAGAGACAGAACCACAAUCAGACUACUAUGUUGCUGUUGUUUCUGAUGGGGAAGUUGUUUUACUUGUUGGUGAUCUCAAGAAAGAUGCAUAUAGAAAGACAAAGUGUAGGCCUGCUCUUAUUGAACCGAUGCUGGUAUCAAGAAAAGAACAUGUCUUUGGCAAGAAGAAAUUCAACACAAGAAUUAAGUUUCAUGAGAAAGAGAAUUUCCAUGAAAUCUCAAUUGAAUGCAGCAAUGAAGGUAACAUUAACAGCACUUGUGGGUUUGAAUUGGAUCCUCAACUGGAGAUAAAGGUAGAUGGGGAACUAGCAAUUCAAGUUAAGCAUCUUCACUGGAAGUUCAGAGGAAAUGAGUUAAUUGAUGUGAGUGAAAACAAAGUAGAGGUUUAUUGGGAUGUGCAUGAUUGGCUCUUUGGUUCUGGUCCAAGGCAUGGUUCGUUCAUAUUUAAACCAGUUUCAUCAGCAUCACCAUCUUCAUCUUUUUCUUUUUCUUUAUCUCCAUCAUCAACAGCAAUGCCAUUGUUGACUGAUCAAGAAGUUGCUUGCGCACCAAUAGAAGAGGAUAAUGCAGGUAAUAGAUUGAGGUGGUACAGAGAAAGGAUGGGGAGAGGUUGGCAUGGUGACAAACAUAUGGGCCCCAAAAAGAGCUGGAAGCUUGCAUAUAUCUGAACAAGAAUGGACAGUCCAGAUUGGACUACAUAUACACAUGUUCAAUUAUUUCCUAAUCCCACGAUGUCUAUCCAAUAUUGAUAAUGUUAAGUUGUUUACUUUUCUUCAAGUAUUCAUCUCUUACUUCCAUGUUUCUAUUUCAAGUGUAUAAAUGUCUGAAUUUGGUGAAGAUACAUAAUUUAUGGGAUUCAUUUUGUUUAGUAGAA